AUGGAUCAUUUAUUCGCAAAGCUCUCUUCUCACCUGGGCGGCAAUGUCUCUCCUGACCAUCUGAAGCUGGCAUUCUCCAUCUUAUCCACCUAUCCAUGCGCCAUCUUGUUUAAACAUUUGAAAUCGGCCAAUGUCAAACAUGCGUUUUCCAUUCUAUACACAACGUUUAUUAUGCUGUCCAUAUUGAAAUUGUAUGACGGAUUCAUUCACAUCUUGGCCGUCUCUACUGUCAGCUAUCUCUUGUUGCGGUACUGCCGUCAUCAUCCAAAGAUUGCCUGGAUCAACUUCACACUGGUCAUGGCAAGCAUGGCUGUUUGCCACAUUGGUCGUCAAUUUAAAGGGUUUGAAGGUGAUACCGACCUCGACUACUCAGGGGCACUGAUGAUCAUUACCAUAAAACUAUCCUCCUAUGGAUUCAAUGUAUUGGAUGGCCUGCCAGCAAAUCAGAACAAACUAUCCAGCCAUACGCAGAAAAUGUGCAUUGUUACUUAUCCUACUGUACUGGAGUACUAUGGCUGGGUCUUUUUCUUUGCUGGCUUCUUGGCAGGCCCCACCUGUGAAUACAUGGAUUAUCUGCGGUUCGUAAGUUCUCCUGAAAAGGAGUAUUCAAGCAGACUUCCUGCAUUGAAGCGGCUCGGGAAAAGCUUGGUUUUUGUCAUGUUCCUGGUAUUCUUGGCUCCCAGGUUCAACUAUUUCGAAGCGCUGACGCCUGCCUGGAAAGCACAUUCGUUUUGGUACAAGAUCAUGUUUAUCCAGUUGUCUGCCUUUUUGACAAGAUGCAAGUACUACUUUAUCUGGUAUCUAUCAGAGGGAGCUUCGAUAUUGUCAGGGUUCGGAUUCAAUGGUGUCAUUGACGGAGAGCCUCAAUGGAAUAAGCUGAACAAUGUCAAUGUGCUGGAUUGUGAGUUGGCUCAAUCGUACAAGCAAUUAUCAGAGAACUGGAACAUUGGUGCCAACCACUGGCUUCGACACUAUGUGUAUUUGCGAUUUAACCCUCCUGGAUCAACAAGCACCACCCUGAAAACCUACAUUGUCUCUAGCAUGUGGCAUGGAUUUCAUCCCGGGUUUUAUAUGUUCUUCAUGACAGCCUCGCUGUUGCAAUUGAUAGCAAGACAAGUACGUAGAACCAUUCGGCCCUUCUUCUUGACAGCAGAUCAAAAGCCCAAAAAAAUCAAACGAGUGUACGAUGUGUGUACUUGGAUUGCAUCGAUGGGACUACUCAACAUGCUGGUCCCUUGCUUUGAUCUGCUUCAUAUACCCUUGAUUCUGCAAGUAUGGCGUGAGGUUUACUACUGCCAUUACAUUAUCAUUGCCCUUGGUGGCGCCAUCUUCUACUUGGCUAAACCCCAUUUGAUCCAAUUGCACAAGCAAAAACUACAGUGA